UCAGAGGACAGUCAAUGAGACAGACGGGCGAGUCGCUGGGUUCUUCUGUUCGGCUUCACAUGCAUCCGUCCGUGGAUGAGUAUGUCCCUGUCGGAUCUAUCCGGGAUUAAUAGAGCCCUUUUCACGCAGAUAUAUUUCCAUAAAUUCUUCAUCGCCUCUCAGUGAAUCGCACCCGGAUUAUCGUCAUCACCAUCACCAUGGGUUUCUACGGCACUUUAAAGAUGAUCUUCUAUAAAGUGAGUAAACGCCGUUCUUCGUGUCUGAUGCACUGCGUCUUUUAUAUCGAUACGGCCUUUUCGUCUUUUUCAUCCUCCAGUCCCACAGGACUGCCGUUCCCAGCCACCCCCACUACGUUUCGGGACAUUCGAGCGGUCAAUGGGCAGGGUCAGCAGAGACGGCGCAUCACGUCCAUCCAGCCCCCCACAGGCCUGCAGGAGUGGCUCCGCACCUUUCAGAGCUGGAGUGGCCCAGAGAAGCUGCUCGCGCUGGAUGAGUUGAUUGACAGCUGUGAGCCAACGCAGGUGAAGCACAUGAUGCAGGUGAUCGAACCACAGUUUCAGAGAGACUUCAUCUCGCUCCUGCCCAGAGAGUUGGCCUUACACGUGUUGUCAUUUCUGGAGCCAAAGGAUCUGCUUCAGGCAGCUCAGACGUGUCGUUACUGGCGCAUCCUAGCAGAGGACAACCUGCUCUGGAGGGAGAAAUGCAAAGAAGAAGGUAUUGACGAGCCCUUGCACAUAAAGAGAAGGAAGGUUAUCAAGCCAGGGUUCACACACAGCCCCUGGAAGAGUGCCUAUAUUAGACAACACAGAAUAGACACCAACUGGAGGAGAGGAGACCUCAAAUCACCUAAGGUGUUGAAAGGCCAUGACGAUCAUGUCAUCACCUGUCUCCAGUUCUGUGGAAACUGCAUUGUGAGCGGCUCAGACGACAACACGCUCAAAGUAUGGUCUGCUGUUACUGGGAAGUGUUUGCGGACGUUAGUUGGCCACACCGGCGGGGUCUGGUCCUCUCAAAUGCGAGACAACAUCAUUAUCAGUGGCUCCACAGACCGAACGCUGAAGGUCUGGAAUGCAGAGUCGGGAGAAUGUAUCCACACGCUGUACGGUCAUACCUCAACAGUGCGCUGUAUGCACUUGCAUGAGAAAAGGGUGGUGAGCGGUUCCCGGGACGCUACGCUGCGGGUUUGGGACAUUGAGACGGGUCAGUGUUUGCACGUGCUCAUGGGUCACGUGGCGGCCGUUCGCUGCGUACAGUAUGACGGCCGUAGGGUGGUCAGCGGGGCCUAUGACUUCAUGGUGAAAGUGUGGGAUCCUGAAACCGAGACCUGCCUGCACACACUCCAGGGACACACCAACAGAGUCUACUCCCUACAGUUUGACGGCAUCCACGUGGUGAGCGGUUCGUUGGACACGUCGAUCCGGGUGUGGGAUGUAGAGACUGGAAACUGUAUUCACACGCUCACAGGUCAUCAGUCUCUCACCAGCGGCAUGGAGCUCAAAGAUAAUAUCCUGGUCUCCGGAAACGCAGACUCCACCGUCAAGAUCUGGGACAUCAAGACCGGCCAGUGCCUACAGACACUGCAAGGUCCCCACAAGCACCAGAGUGCAGUGACAUGCCUGCAGUUCAACAAGAACUUUGUCAUCACCAGCUCUGAUGACGGUACGGUGAAGUUGUGGGACCUUCGGACGGGCGAGUUCAUCCGUAACCUGGUCACACUGGAGAGCGGAGGCAGCGGCGGCGUGGUCUGGCGGAUCCGCGCCUCCAAUACCAAACUGGUUUGCGCGGUGGGCAGCCGUAACGGCACGGAGGAAACCAAGCUGCUGGUGCUGGACUUCGACGUGGACAUGAAGUGAAGGGGGUGAACUUAAAGGGGACUCGUUUGGAAAACGGGGAGGGUGUGGGGGGGAGAGCAACCUGCCGCGCCAGGACCGAUCGCUCACUUCAUGGCACCUCCCCGUUAAGUUGCCGCCAACAUUUCUCCCCGUCGUGCCACGGACCGCGACUGCCGCCACAGUUCCGUUCACCUUCCGAAGUGCAGACGCUCACAGCAUUCUGGGAAGGAAACUGACAAGAAGGACUUGGGAAGACAGGAUUGUCCCUUUUCCUUCCACUCAAGGCGACCUUGCACAGAGACUUGUUCGCUCAAGCCUGACUGAAAUUCACAUCCAUAUGUACAAACAUUUUUUUGUUUUUUUGAACAAAACAGUCAACACUGUAUACAUGAGACCCCUAAUGCAUCGACACGGACACGGAGUGAUAAAUAGUGUAUACAAAUGACACUUUAAUGGAGACAGAUCAGAGCUUUGUACUGCAGGAGUGAUUCAAGAGAGAGAAAGGAAGCCAAUUUUGUCGGUCCUCAUCAACCUCAGCACACGCCAAAUAUCCCUUUCUUCCUCAUGCGUUGAAUUUUUCUUUUGUAUCCGUUUUUCUUUGCUUUGUUCCCCACAACUUGUCUUUUGGUUUUCGCGUCAACAGCUGUGAAUUAAAGUUUUGUGCUUUCUUUUCAAGUUCAGCAUUUUUUUGUUUCACGAUCCUGCCUCUGUUGCAAACAACAGGUUUCAGUAUUAAGCUAAACCCACUCUGCUGUUUCACACGUUUAUGGGAUUUUAUUUUGUAAUUUUUUUCUUUUUCUUUUUGUAAUUUAGUGCUCCAUAAGCAGUGCCUCUCUGGAUCAGAGAUGACCUGCAUUCGUUAUGUUUUUCAACCAGUCUGGUCUCAUUAGCUCAUCAGUGCUGGUGCUCUGUGGGAAAUGUUUUCCCAUAAGCUCCUGGGAAUAUGCCCCCCCCCCCCUCCAGUACUGUCCAUCCCAGUGACCAAACUGGAUUCUAUGCUGCUAGACUCACAGAAAAACAAGGUGGAACUUUAACUGGCUGUGACGUUUUAGUCCCAGACGAAAUUCUAAACAAAAGUUACUUGUGGAGUUUGAACUUGUAAAACGACUCAAACAAACGUACCAACAAAAGCAAAAUAUCGACAAAACCGCUUCUCUUUUUUUGCCACUGAAACUUGAGCCAAAUGUGCCUCUACGAGGUGUAGAGGAGGGAGAAUGUCUGACAAAGAGACGGGUUUGUCUGCUGAGAUGAAACGCCGGACGAGUAGAAACUAUUUUGCGUGUGUUUGCGAGCAUGACUGGGUGUGUGUGCGGGUGUGUGUUUGAGCAAAUUGUUCACACAUUCCUUGGGACAAAAGCUGUUGUCAUCCUGUUCUGUGUGGAAAUGUAUGCUUCGACUAAAAAGAAUCCCAUUCUUGUUUUUAAUUAGUUGAAAACGAGAUUGUUGGAACCGGCGUUAAGUUACCGAAGAAUAAAGGUGGUCUUAGUGUACAGAAAUGGACAUCUGAUUACAAGCGCUAGAGCUAACCUGGUUCCGUUGUUGACGCUCUCAUGGGUUUUUUUGGUUUGUUUUUUUGAAUGGUAAAGCAGCUUCAUAGAUAAACAGGGCGUAACCGCAUCCGUAGCCAAACGAUUCGUCUCAUCCUCCAAGUCACACAACUCAAGCUGAACUGUGAAAGUGGUUUAACACUGUAUAUUAAAGGAAAAACAAUCUUGUUCUUUCACCUGUUUUUUUUUUUUCUUUCUUCCCGUUUAAUUUAUAAUCUGGUUUGAGAAAUCAGAUGUUGGAGCUGUUUUAUUUUUUCAGUUUAUGUAAACUG